AAACCAAAUUAUCGUUUACUCGUCUCUCAUAGGCAUUGAUAGGAGCGAGAGAUACAGAGAGAGGAAAGGAGUGAGAGAGCACGCCAGAGAAGGAGUUCUAAUUUCUCUUUGAAGAUUGAUGUAGGGUUGGUACUUCUAAGAUCAAGUUUUUUUUUUUACUUUCUCUCUCUGAGGUCUAAGCAUGGAGGAGGAUGAACAAUUAAUAGGAGAAGAAGCUAAGAAAAAGAGCUCCGCAAAAUUCUUCACUCCCCAAUUACUCCUUUUCAAUUAUAGUGGUUUUGGUUUCAGUAUUUGAUCUUUAUCCCCACGGAGAACUCUUUUGUCUUUCUUUUUCCUUAUUUUUUUUUUGUCUUGCUCCUAAGCUUCAAGGAAAUUAAGAGUAUAGCAUAAAGUUGGAGAAGGAAGAUAUAUAGGAUGGAAGAAAGUGGUGGCUCCCAAUGUUCCAAAACACGCCCUUCUAAACUUGAUGAAGAUGAGUGUGAAAGUGAAGCAAAUGAGGAUCAAAGUAAGCAAAAUAACAAUGGAGGAAGCUCAAGCAAUAGCACCGUGGACGAGAGCGAGAGAAAGAUUAGGCCUUAUAUUAGAUCCAAGUUGCCGAGGCUUCGGUGGACACCUGAUCUUCAUCUUCGCUUUGUUCAUGCUGUUCAAAGACUUGGAGGACAAGAGAUUGGUUCUUCAAUUGAUGAAUAUCAAAGGUUUAAGUAUUGCCCAUGUCAAGAGUCAUUUACAGAUGUUUAGGAGCAAAAAGAUAGAAGAUCCAAAUCAAGUAUUGGCCGGUCAUAGUAAUCUUGUAGAAAUUGGAGACAGAAAUAUUUAUAAUCUUAGCCAACUUUCCAUGCUUCAAGGAUACAAUCCGAGUCAAAAUCCCUCCUACAGCUACUCAUAUAAUUAUCCAAGUUAUGGAUUCGGGGAUGCUUCUUUCGGUGUCUACGAAAAAACAAUGCACAAAGCUUUCGAUUGGUCUAAUAAUAAUGGAAUUUUUCGACUGGGUUCUUCAAUUUUUGGGGAACAAUCAUCACCAAGCAAAAUCCGUGAACAAAAAGAUGAGUUUCUCUCAUUUAGUGCUCUUGAACCACUGUGCAUACGCACGAGAUUAAACCACGUUGAUCACACCCCAUCAAUCAAUAUGCAUCUAAGAGCACAAAACCACAUGCAAAUAAACCCAACAGCAAAUAAUCCACAAGAAUUGAAGACACUGAAAAGAAAGGCUUCAGAUGCUGCACUAGAUUUGGAUCUAUCACUAAAGCUAAACUCAAAGAUUUACGAUGAAGGAAACUUGGAGGACCAUGAAGUUGAUAGUAAUCUAUCACUCUCAUUGUACUCUCAUCAAUCCUCGUCUUCUAAUCUUAGCAACAGGUUGAAGGAAGCACAAGAUCACUGUAAGGAACAAGGCAAAAUGGCUAGUACUCUAGAUCUGACUAUAUGAAUGAGACAAAUUCUCAGUGAGAUCUUGAGGUACUUGUCAGAAACUAUGCAUUUUAUAACCAAAUUCAUACAUUUAUCUGACAUAGUUAUAUUUGCUU